GUAGUUUCGUUAGGAAUGGAGGGUAUAAGAACAGUAUUCAACAACUUAUCUAGUUACAAGAAAAAUAGACAAUUAUUUAUUCAUAGUCUUUCAAAGGAUUUGAAAAAUUAUGUGACUAGUAUAAAUGAUAUGAUUGAAGAGAUGUUUGAUAAAAAUGAUCAGAGGGAAAAUUUUGAAUUAGAUUUGAAUGUUUGGAUGCUUGAAAUAUUUGCAAGGAGAAUGGCAUUAUGGUUUAAGGUUACUAGUUUUUAUUAUAUGCUACCAAAUAUUAUUAUAGAUCAUAUACUAUUUUCGAAUGAGAUAAAGAAAAAAUUCAUUGAGCAAGAUAGAAAUUUUAGAGAUGAAAAUGUUUUUGAUGUACUAACGAUAUUAGUCAAUGAAGAUAUUAAGAGUAAAUUAAGCAAUGAGGUUAAUAUUAAAUCAAAUAAUGAAAAUAUGAUAAGAUUAAUAAAUGAGAUAAUCAACAUUUAUGAUGAACUUAGAGAUGUAUUUGAGGAUGAAUUAUAUUUGAAUUAUAAGUAUAUUAAUAGUUUAAAAUAUGUUGAUGCAUGCGUUAAAGAGUUAUUAUAUCUGAUAUCAACUAUACCAUUUUCUUCGAGAACUAUUGUUAGAGGUGGUGUUAUUU